GUGAUGGAUGUGGACACACUGUUCUGGGCCCUGAAAGUGGAACUCUUGCUUCGAUAAACUACCCACAGACCUCUCCCAAUAGCACAGUUUGUGAAUGGGAAAUCCGUGUAAAACCUGGGCAGCGAGUUCAGCUCAAAUUUGGCGAUUUCGAUAUUGAUGACUCAGACUCUUGUCAUUCCAGUUACUUAAGAGUUCACAAUGGAAUUGGUCCCAACAGGACAGAGAUAGGAAAAUACUGUGGGCUUAGCUUUCAAAUGGAUGGUGUAAUUACUUCAAAAAGUAAUGAAGUCACAGUACAGUUCAUGAGUGGAAUUCACACCUCUGGACGUGGAUUUCUUGCAGCUUAUUCAACCACUGACAAAUCAGACUUAAUUACCUGUUUAGACAAUGCAAGUCACUUUUCCGAACCAGAAUUCAAUAAGUAUUGUCCAGCUGGAUGUGUGAUUUCUUUUGCUGAUAUUUCAGGCACUAUUCCUCAUGGAUACAGAGAUUCAUCAUCACUGUGUAUGGCUGGUGUUCACGCAGGCGUUGUGUCAAAUACUCUCGGUGGCCAAAUCAAUGUUGUAAUCAGCAAGGGCAUUCCAUACUAUGAAGGCUCCUUGGCUAACAAUGUCACCUCAAAAGCGGGACCAUUAUCUACAAGUCUCUUCACCUUUAAGACGAGUGGUUGCUAUGGGACACUGGGGAUGGAAUCUGGGGUAAUUCCUGAUUCCCAGAUCACGUCAUCAUCUAUUCUUGAGUGGCCUAACCAAACAGGACAAGUGAACAUUUGGAAACCUGAAAAUGCCAGACUAAAAAGGCCUGGUCCUCCUUGGGCUGCUUUUAUCAGUGAUGAACAUCAGUGGUUGCAGAUUGACUUGAACAAAGAAAAGAGAAUAACAGGCAUUAUAACUACUGGAUCAACUUUAGCAGAACACUACUAUUAUGUCUCAGCCUACAGAAUUUUAUACAGUGAUGACGCACAGAAGUGGACAGUGUACAGAGAACCUGGCAUGGAUAAAGAUAAGAUAUUUCAGGGGAAUACUGAAUUGUACCAGGAAGUUCGCAACAAUUUCAUUCCACCUAUUAUCGCACGCUUUUUUAGGAUUAACCCAUUAAAAUGGCACCAGAAAAUUGCAAUGAAAGUAGAAUUGCUGGGAUGUCAGUUUAGCAUAGCUCGUGCUCCUAAAAUUACUUUGCCACCACCACCACCACCUCAGAACAAGAAUGAUGAGAAGAAUGCUGACUUCAUGGAUGACAUCAUUCAUUCAGUGAAGACUUCGCUGCAGACAGAUAAAACAACUUUCACACCUGAAAUAAAGAACACCACAGUGACUCCAAGUGUAACCAAAGAUGUGGCAUUGGCAGCAGUUCUGGUUCCAGUGCUGGUGAUGGUCUUCACUACUCUGAUUCUUAUCUUAGUUUGUGCGUGGCAUUGGAGAAACCGCAAGAAAAAAGCUGAGGGCACAUAUGAUCUACCUUACUGGGAUCGUGCAGGAUGGUGGAAAGGAAUGAAGCAAUUUCUCCCAACCAAGUCAGCAGAACAUGAAGAAACUCCUGUACGCUACAGCAGCAGUGAAAUUAGUCACCUAAGACCAAGAGAAGUCCCAACAAUGUUGCAAACAGAGUCUGCAGAAUAUGCUCAGCCACUGGUAGGGGGAAUUGUCAGCACACUUCAUCAGAGAUCAACUUUUAAACCAGAGGAAGGAAAAGAAGCAAGUUAUGCUGAUUUGGACCCUUACAAUUCACCCAUACAAGAAGUUUACCAUGCCUAUGCCGAGCCACUGCCCAUAACUGGACCAGAGUACGCAACUCCAAUAAUCAUGGACAUGUCCAGCCACCCUGGCACACCUCUUGGCGUUCCUUCCAUUUCCACCUUCAAAGCUGCAGGGAGUCAAGCUCCUCCACUGGCUGGAACUUACAACAAGCUGUUAUCUAGGACAGACAGUGCAUCCUCAGCACAGGCACUGUACGAUAUACCAAAGGGGCAGCAGGGGCCAGGCAGUGCUGGCGAACUCGUGUACCAGGUACCACAGAGCAUGGCCCAUUCCACUGGCAGUAAGGAUGAACUGAGUUAGCUCAUGAGAAA